UUUCUGACCAGCCCGCGCUGUAACCGGACGCGUCAGAACGCAAAUCCCCUAACAAAUUAAAUCAAGAGUGUCGCAUAUCGGGAGCCGGAGCGGCAGCAAGCGGCGCAUCGAUGCUGCAUGUGGCCUCUGAACCCAUUGUUGUGUCGCGGCUGACGUCAGUGCCGUGUGUGCGGCAGACGGAGCGGCGUACGCCUGGUGAGACAAAGGCGGCGGAGCGAGCGGGGUCAGGCGGCAGCGCCGAGCGGAGCAGAGAAUCACUGGUUUAUAACUCAAAGGGAACUCCCAGCCUCGGGUUUCAGCCACGCUUCUCACUGACGAGACGGAGAAUGAAGACUCAGCGGCCCUCCUAGGAGCGUGCUGUGGCCGUCGGGGAAGACGAAACAACAAUCGGUGCCCCCUUUUUGCUUUUUAACGUUUUUUUUUUCUCCCCCCCCCUCCCCCUCUUCUCCAACGCCCCCCAUUUAGCUCGGCUAGUUAGCUGUCGCGCUAAGCUCAUUGCGCUGCACUGAUCUCCUCCUCCUCCUUUCUUGCUGCUUCUCGUCUUUCCCUCAAGACUGAACGACAGGCGAAGAAAGGACACCAGCGGUCAGAUAAACUGAAGGUGAGAUCACUCCUAACAAACUGGCAUCCGUGAUCUGAUGUGAGAUCCACGGAGAGACUAUGCCUAGCCCUUUAUUUCACCCCGAGAUAAUGGACCACGACGUGGUGAUCAGCAGCCAGCACAGUGGCGUGGCUCUGCCCCGGGAGACGGACCAGGACUCCCGGGAUGAGGACCACCAAGAAGUUCUCCGUUUCGCCCUGGACCAGCUGUCACUCAUGGCCAUGGAUAAAGUGGACUGUGGGGGCGGCGGCGGUGGAGGCAACGGGCUUGUGGACACUCUGGACGGGACCCAGGGUCCGGGCUCUGAGAGCUGCAACGGCGUGGGUGGAGGGGGCUACGUGGAUUUGCAGAUGUUGGAGCAUCCCAGCGGAUCCCGGGACUCGCCGACGUCCUGCUCUCCGUCUCCGGAGUACUACGGCUCGGGCGGGUACCACAUGGCCGGGUCCCACUCCAUGCUCCACGGGGAACAAAGCUCCGUCCUCUGCAACAGGAAAAGAAGCGUGAACAUGACUGAAUGUGUGCCUGUCCCCAGCUCCGAGCAUGUCGCAGAAAUAGUGGGGAGACAAGGUUGUAAGAUCAAGGCCCUGCGUGCCAAAACAAACACCUACAUAAAGACUCCAGUCAGAGGAGAGGAUCCGGUCUUCAUCGUGACGGGGCGCAGGGAGGAUGUGGAAAUGGCCAAGCGUGAAAUUGUAUCUGCAGCCGAGCAUUUCUCCAUGAUCCGGGCGUCUCGCUGCAAAGCUGGAGGGCCAGGCGGAGGAGGCUCUCUGCCCGGCCCUCCUCACCUACCGGGACAGACCACCAUACAGGUGAGGGUCCCCUACAGAGUGGUUGGUUUAGUCGUGGGGCCGAAAGGAGCAACCAUCAAGCGCAUCCAGCAGCAGACUCACACCUACAUCGUGACCCCCAGCCGAGAGAAAGACCCCGUCUUUGAGGUGACGGGAAUGCCAGAGAACGUGGACAGAGCGAGAGAGGAGAUCGAGACCCACAUUACCCUCCGAACUGGAACCUUUGUUGACCUUCAGGGAGACAACGACUUCCACACCAACGGGACUGACGUUAGUCUAGAAGGCCUCGGCUCCCUCAGCGGGGGGCUCGGAGCGUCUCUCUGGUCCAGAGCAACAAGCCACCACCCUGCCCCUCCCCCUCCUCCUCCCUCCCCACCGCCACCUCUUCCCAUGUCCAUGCACCACUCCUCCAGCCGGAAGAUGUCCUCUUCGGUCGCCUAUCACACGCACAACGGCGGCAUGAGCUCAGAUAGCUUCAGUUCCAACAGGAAGCCCACCGAGGGUGGCAGCCCCACCAGUCCUUUCAGCACAGGCUCCAGCAGCGCCGGAGGUGGCUUCACCUUCGGUGGCGAGUCCACCCCAGGACUUGCUUCCGCAGACGAAUUGGGCUUCGAGUUCAGUGCUUCCAACAUUUGGGCGCCUUUUGUCAACGGCGGAGCCGGGAGCAAGACCUCCGCGUCUUCUCAACCGCAGCAGCCCUUGCGCCGCAACAGCAGUGGCCUCAGCGGCGGCGCCAUCACCCCGCGACUGUCUCCGACUCUGCCUCAGGAGACGGGCGUGGGCCCGCUGGACCACCCUCUGGCCCGCCGCGCCCAGAGCGAUCCCCUCAGCACUCUCUCCUGGCUGCAGUCCGGCAGCACGGGCGGCGGGGGCGGCGGCUCCUUCUCGGGCGCGUCCAGCUCCAGCUCCGGCGGCUCGUCGACCGGCUACUCCUCCUGCUCGGCCUCGUCCCUGCCCGGCGGCUCGCCCACCGACUCUGAGGGAGGCGGCAGCAACGUGGGCAUCACCUCCGGGAUGCUGAGCCACCUCAAAGGCAGCUCCGGGGUGGCGGCACUCGUCGGCGUCGGCCCUGGCGUCAACAGGGACUGCUUUGUGUGUUUCGAGAGCGAGGUGACGGCGGCCCUCGUGCCUUGCGGCCACAACCUGUUCUGCAUGGAGUGCGCGGGGCAAAUCUGCCAGUCAGCCGAACCCGAAUGCCCUGUCUGCCACACUCCGACCACACAGUGCAUCCGCAUCUUCUCCUAAUGCCACGGGCAGCUGAGUGGGUGGAGCGGGGUUGGGGUGGGGAGGCAGACGGACACCAGCUGUGGUGGAGGAAAUGGAAGGAAUCACACUAAUAACCUUCACACAGAUGAUGGACCAUAUUAAAUGCAUUAAUAGAGAUGAUGAUACUUUACGGAUGUUGAUAUAUUGCUGAUAACUGUCAAGUUGAAUAAUACCAAUAAUAAUAAUAAUAAUGACUUAUUUUCCGAGGGAAGUGGAUUGAAACUUGUCUGCAGACAGUCGGGGCUCAGACAGUCUCUCAGCGGUGAACUUAUGGAAGGAAACUAGUGUCUUAUAUCUCUUCAGGCCUUCAUUUCGACGUGGAGUGGCCCCCCUGCGGGCCGCCUGCCCGCCUGUUUGUCUCCACGCGUCUUCAUUCUGGCUUCUUCAGAUCUCUGCCUGCUUUUCUCUCUCUCUCUCUCUCUCUUUCUUGCUCUCUCUCUGUCUCACAGCCUUUUUUCCUUUUGACACUUUUGUACUUAACAGAUAUUUUUCGAUAAAGCUGUCAACGAGGCCUGCACUUUUCUACUCCUCAUUUUAACGCCCUCGACUCCCCCAGCCCCCAAUUGUCCUCCGCGCUCUUUCACUCGCUCGUGCUAAAAAAAAAA